UACAAAAAAGUAUUAAAAUCAAGAAGAAAUGUUAACUUCGACUGCUUUGAAGCUAAAAUAUGCUGAAUUUCUCAAGCUUAACUAAAUCUGAAAAUUUAAUAGGCAAACAUUUUAAUCGUUUUUAUGCCAAAAAGUAUUUCAUACAAAGACUUGAUUUUGAGCGGUCAGUUUGUAUGACAUCUAUAUAAUCUAGUGGUUCGAUAUGAACAAUUCAUUCGUAGAAUUUGGUGUUACUUUGGGUAAUAAUUUAUAUGAAAAUUUGUGAAGAUAUUGUAUUUAAUCAAAUAAAAAAGUUUUCCUACUUGACUUGAUCGAUCAGUUUGUAUGACAACUAUAUGCUAUAGAGGUCCGAUAUCGGCGGCUCCGACAAAAACAUUUCUUGGGGGGAAAAGAAUGUGUGCAAAAUUUCACAUCGAAAGCCAGAAAAUUGAAGGAAUAGUCCAUGUUUAUUUACAUAUAUAUCUUUGUUGUUUCCUUCUAAGUUUUAUUCUAAUUUUUAAAGUAUGGUAAGUGAGCAAAAAAUAGUGUUUAUAAACACAAAAGCCAGUAACAAAAUAUUUUUGCCAGUGUCUACUGAUAAUGCGAACAAAUUAUAGGCAUGUAUGUACUUUAAAUUAAUUAGCUUAAGAAGUUAGUUCCUCUUCAACCGUCCACAGAAAUAUACGUUAUCAUUAUUUAAAACAUGCUUACCGUUAAACUCGGGCUUUGUUUAUUACUAAUGUGCUGUUUUGCGAAUUUUGCGGAGAGUGCCAGCGUUGCUGAGAAGAAGCCAAAACCUGCUAUAGUUAAUGGUCCUCCAAGUGUGACAGGAAAAUGUGAUCUUGAGAGUAAUUGUAAGAUAAAUGAAACUACUAUACCGUUAUGUCGUUAUGAUGACGGUGCUGGUUGCAUACGGAAAUAUGCAUCGAAAUGCCAUUUGAAGAUAGCAGAGUGUGUGGCUGGCAUGAAAUACACAGAUUACAGCAAUGAUUAUUGCUCAAUGGACACUUUCCUGUGUGAAGAGGGUUACGAGCGGUGGACGAUAUUCUUUGGAUAUGAAAAAGCUUAAUUUGAAAAUUUUCAAACAAGUGAUAAGAGAAAACCGAUUAAUUAUGAUGACUGACAUAUGUACGCAUUAAAUAUA